AGGUGUGUUAGAGCAGGGUUGGCGCAGUAGUUGCACCAAUAGCUCUCCAGGAGGGUGGACCACACCUGGUUUACUUUAUACCAUCAACUUGUGGGCUAUAUCCCCUACAUGCAGUCAGCCUGUCGUGGGCUAGUGAGGCGCUUCCCUCUAUUCCUACUAUGCUGCCCAAGACUAUCUGUCCCCAUGUUCAUCAGGACAACCACUCUUCAGUAGGCCUACCCUUCACCUUAAAUGUUACUGUACAGUAAGCUGCUGUGCUAUCUGACAUGAGAUAUUGCCAUAGAACUGUCAUCGACAGUCGGUGUAAUCUUCUACUGUCUGUAAAAGCACUAAUUCCGGGCUGUUCUACACUUUAAAUCUUGUGACAUUUUCUCUAUACAGUUUACAAGCAUGGCUUAAGACAACAAAAUUCCAAUAUCAAGUAACAGGUUGUAUUUUUUUAUUUGCUGAGCAUCUAAAACUACAGUAGAGAUUCUCUCUGGCUUUGACCUAGGUGAGAUGUACUAUUUGCUAGGUGCCUGAAUGCAUACUGGUCAGGAAGGCAGUAAAACUGAGGACACUGAGUCUUCAGGGGAUGGCUCUGUAGGCCUACUGUCUGACAGAGAUGGGUAUAAAGUCUGCAGACAGUCUGAUUAUUUUCCAUGUCUCUCUUGUUUUAAAUUAAAUACCUUAUUUGACUAAUUUACUAACCAUUGAUUUACAAUCAUAUAGAAGUGCCUUAUACAUUUUAAAGUAGUUUCCUAGUAUACUUCAUCUCUGAGCUGCAGAAUACCAAGGUAAUAACAUUUUAAAGGUGCACUUUAUGCAAUUAAUCUAUUGGUGAGGGAGGCAGGGAGCAGGCUAAUGGAUUGCACGUUACCGGGGUUUGCACUGGCUUGGUACAGGGUUACAACACACUUUCCAGUUUAGUGUUCUACACCGUGUGUGCGAUAAGCCAGAUAUCAACUCACUAGAGAAGCUUGGAUAGGACAGGACACAAUCUGGGGGAGUGAUGGCGGCAACGGACUGCUACAUCGUUCACGAGAUCUACAAUGGGGAGAAUGCACAGGACCAGUUUGAGUACGAGCUGGAACAGGCACUGGAGGCCCAGUACAAGUACAUUGUGAUCGAGCCCACGCGCAUUGGCGACGAGACGGCCCGCUGGAUCGCCGUGGGAAACUGCCUGCACAAGACGGCCGUCCUGUCGGGCACCGCCUGCCUCCUGACGCCGCUCUCGCUGCCACCUGAGUACUCGCGCUACGUGGCACUGCCCGCUGGUGCCCUCAGCGUGGCCUGCUCCGCCCUCUACGGAAUCUCCUGGCAGUUCGAUCCCUGCUGCAAGUACCAGGUGGAGUACGACAGCCAAAAACUCUCGCGGCUGCCCCUGCACACACUCACCUCCUCCACGCCAGUGGUGCUGGUGCGCAGGGACGACAUCCACAGAAAGAGACUCCACAACACGAUAGCGCUGGCCGCCCUGGCCUACUGCGCCAAGAAGAUCUACGAACUCUACGUGGUAUGAGCGUACUCUGAAGAGGGUUAAAAUAAAUAAAAAAAUAAUAAAAAAUAUAACGGGAAAAGAAAGAAUCCACCCAGUAGUAAGCCAAGUGGAAGCCAUGCGCAGAGUCGAGGGUUUGCCCCUAACCCCCCCCCCACCCCACUUGCGCGGGCGCUUACUUUUGGGCUGUUUGCUGGAUCAGAGGGAUAUAGUUCAAACUAGAAGGAAUUAUUUUUCCCUUAUUUUCUUGUAAGUGACAUCACCAGUGCACUUAUCCAUAUGGUACCCUUGCGCCUCUUCCCCAUCCCUGUACCCCUCUCAAUACACUAAGUUAGGGCACAGGGGUAGCUAAGUAAAAAGAAAUAGACUGAAUUGUGUUGCAGUUGAAACGGACAGGCUUAAGUAUUACCAACAUGUCUAUUCCUUGUAGUUUUACUGUACCCCUUUCUUGCUGAUCAGUAUGUCACCCUUUCAUUAAACAUUAGGAUAUUUCAAACUCUC